GCUUCUUUCUCCGGGAGAUGCGUUUGUCCCGGGCUCGGGCGCGCUCUGGGAGUUCAUGCUGCGCUGGAGGCUCCCGGCCGCCGCUCUAAUCGCCUCGUGCCGCCGCUGCGCCAGCUCCGUCGCCCGCGGUGAGCCUCCCGGAUCCCCGCCCUGCGCCCGGCGGCGGCGAUGACCGGGGAGAAGAUCCGCUCACUGCGGCGGGACCACAAGCCCAGCAAAGAAGAGGGGGACCUGCUGGAGCCCGGGGAUGAGGAAGCGGCGGCUGCCCUCGGCGGCACCUUCACCGGAGGCAGGCUUGGCACGGGCGGCGGCGGCGGCAAAGGCGGCAAAGGCUGUCAUAAGAUUUUCAGUAACCAUCACCACCGGCUACAGCUGAAGGCAGCCCCGGCCUCCUGCAAUCCCCCCGGCGCCCCGACUCUGCCGUCGCACAAUUCCUCCGUGACUACCACCUCCCAGUCCCCGGCCCUUGUGGCCGGCACCAACCCGGUCGCUGUCGUCGCCGACGGAGGCGCUUGCCCCGCGCACUACCCGGUGCACGAGUGCGUCUUCAAGGGGGACGUGAGGAGACUGUCCUCGCUCAUCCGCACACACAAUAUCGGGCAGAAAGAUAAUCACGGAAACACUCCUUUACAUCUUGCUGUGAUGUUAGGAAACAAAGAAUGUGCCCAUUUACUUUUGGCUCACAAUGCUCCAGUAAAGGUGAAAAAUGCUCAGGGAUGGAGCCCUCUGGCGGAAGCCAUCAGCUAUGGAGAUAGACAGAUGAUUACAGCUCUACUAAGGAAACUUAAGCAGCAGUCCAGGGAAAGUGUUGAAGAAAAACGACCUCGAUUAUUAAAAGCCCUGAAAGAGCUAGGUGACUUUUAUCUAGAACUUCACUGGGAUUUUCAAAGCUGGGUGCCUUUACUUUCCCGAAUACUGCCUUCUGAUGCAUGUAAAAUAUACAAACAAGGUAUCAAUAUCAGGCUUGACACAACUCUCAUAGACUUUACUGACAUGAAGUGCCAACGAGGGGAUUUAAGCUUCAUUUUCAAUGGGGAUGCAGCACCCUCUGAAUCUUUUGUAGUAUUAGACAAUGAACAAAAAGUUUAUCAGAGAAUACACCAUGAGGAAUCAGAAAUGGAAACAGAAGAAGAGGUUGACAUUUUAAUGAGCAGCGAUAUUUACUCUGCAACUUUAUCAACCAAAUCAAUUUCUUUCACGCGUGCCCAAACCGGAUGGCUUUUUCGGGAAGAUAAAACAGAAAGAGUGGGAAAAUUUUUGGCAGACUUUUACCUGGUGAAUGGACUUGUUUUAGAAUCAAGGAAAAGAAGAGAACAUCUCAGUGAAGAGGAUAUUCUUCGAAAUAAGGCCAUCAUGGAGAGUUUGAGUAAAGGUGGAAACAUAAUGGAACAGAACUUUGAGCCGGUUCGAAGACAAUCCCUUACCCCUCCUCCUCAGAACACUAUUACGUGGGAAGAAUAUAUAUCUGCUGAAAAUGGAAAAGCUCCUCAUCUGGGUAGAGAACUGGUGUGCAAAGAGAGUAAGAAAACCUUUAAAGCCACAAUAGCAAUGAGCCAGGAAUUUCCCUUAGGGAUUGAGUUAUUAUUGAAUGUUUUAGAAGUAAUAGCUCCCUUCAAGCACUUUAACAAGCUUAGAGAGUUUGUUCAGAUGAAGCUGCCUCCAGGCUUUCCUGUAAAAUUAGAUAUACCUGUGUUUCCCACGAUCACAGCCACUGUGACUUUUCAAGAGUUUCGAUAUGAUGAAUUUGAUGGCUCCAUCUUUACUAUACCUGAUGACUACAAGGAAGACCCCAGCCGUUUUCCUGAUCUUUGACUGACUGGAAGAUGAUGCCACCUAACCCAGGAAGGAGAAUGUAGGGACCCCAGAAGUGAAUCCAAAUAGAAGGGACAAGUGCUUUCCAUGAAGAAAAGGGAAUUACACAUUGAAUUGACACAUCAGUAACAUGAUAAUGAAAUGGGCAUCUAGUAAGAAUUUCAGCAAGUUUUCUGAUGUGCCACUUUGUUUUUUUAAAAAUAUACUUACUAUAAGUGUAAUAGUUUGACACCUUAAUGACCCUAAGACCUUCAUAUGUAAAGCAGCUAUGAGUGCUGUGAUUUGUUUUUAAAAUUUUUACACUUCUUGUUGAAAUAUAUAUGCAUAUAAAUAUAUCUAUAUCUAUAUCUAUAUCUAUAUCUAAAACACUCCUGGACCAUUAACAUAAAUUAAAUGUCUUAAGAGAUAUGAAGCCCUUUUAAAGUUGUCAUCUUAUAUUCAAGGUGACAUUUAUAAAUAGUCCUUCAAACUUUGUUUUCAUAAAAUGUAAACUAUGUAACAUUAUGUAUAGUUCAGUAAUUUGAAUGUUUGUUCAGUAUAAUGAACUAGAAGGAAUGCAAUUUUCUGUAGACGAAUGAACCAAAUGGUAACCAUUAAACAAUUGCAUUUAUAUGUUGCAAUACAUUUCAGAAGGAGCGUUCACUCUGCAGGGAAUAAGGUACCUCCUUUAGCACCUUAGUGCAAUUCAUUGUGGUGCUAUUUGUUUUUACCUGAAUUCUUUCUUCAAUGGAAAACGUUUGUUACUAAUCUUCCUUUCAUAGAACCUCUAUUUUUUUCCUAAACUUGAGUUUCAGAGUCCUUGUUUUGUUCAUGAUAAGGUACGGUUAGCCUGCUUAAACAUAGUCCUCUUCCAAAUCUCAGCACUUUAAAACAAAAUCCAAAUUUUUAAACUUGCUUCCUAGUAAGUGCACCUCAGCAUAAUUAUUUUGUUUUUAGUGGAAUAUGGAUGCACUGAUGUCAGUUUUAAAAAACAGUCUACAUGUUUUAGACAACCCUACACAACAUAUUUAAAGCUUUCAGAAUAAGAUAAUAACAUUUUAUAUGCUAACAGACUAUAUUUGUUACAAGUAAAAGUCCAAAAGCAUAUACAAGAAUGGUGAUUCCUAUUGUUUAUUUUUUUUUAAAUCACAGGAAAAUAUUUAUGGAUUUUAAUUGUCUCCAAAAUGUCAAAAUCAUGUAUUAUUCACUUUUGCAACUUAAAAUUUUUCAUAUUUAUUCCAAAAUGGUUGGACGGUCCAAGAAUGAAAAUAAAUUAGGGAGAAUAAUGUGUAACAGUCAUAAAGUGUCAUGUUGUAUUAAAGAGCUAAGCUAAAUGUUUUUAAAAUGUAUCUUGAUGAAUGUGUCAAGAAUGCAUCUGUCAAGUUUUUUUUUUUUUUAGAAUGAUCAGCAGUUUCAACUUUUUCCAGGAUUUUAGAUAAUUUCAAAUGAACUUAGAGACCUUUAUUGAAGAGAUGAUUUAUUAAAAAAAUCCAAAGGAUCAACCAUAAGAAAAUUUUUAUAAUAAACAUCUUUAAAGCUGCAUCACCCAUACUGAUACAUACAUUGCAUUUGUUGACAUUUGAUUAAAUAUAUUUUGUAAGGAAGAAAAAAAUCAUAGUUAAAAAUUCAAAGACUUCAUUAUUACCUUAUGUGGGCCUGUUGAAUUUUGAGGAAAGAAUUGGUAAACUCAGACUUGCCUUACUGAAUAGAAGUAGAUCCCUAUUAUUUACAAAAUGGUUAGAUCAAGAGACAGAAUUUGAAUCAUUGUGUCAAUCAGUGAUUUUAGAACGUUUGAGAAUCUGAAAGACAAUGAUGACAAAUGUCUUUAGCUCCCAUUAUUUUGUUGGAAUGUGGUAUACUUUCAGGACUAUGUUGCAGGUUUUUUUUUUUUUUUUUUUUUUUUGUUUGUUUUAAGUGCAGACAACUUAGGGAGGAAAAGUAGUAAGUUGUAGCUUGGGAUUUAUCAAUUUCCUAAAAGCUGUGACUGUUUUACUGGAGUACAGUGGUGAUAGGAAGACUACUGAAAACUUUGCACUUAAGUUUUGUUUUUAAGACAUGUCUUUUUCUUUAAAGAGUAGUAAAAACAGAUUAUCCAUUUCAAAAUGUCUUUAAUCACAAAGAACAAACAAGUAUCAGUAUCUCUUAAGAGUAAUGAUGGAGGGGUCGGUGCUGUGGUGUAGUGGGUAAAGCCGCCGCCUGCAGUGCCAGCAUCCCAUAUGGGCACCAGUCCAAGUCCCAGCUGCUCCACUUCUGAUCCAGCUCUCUGCUGUGGCCUGGGAAAGCAGUGGAAGAUGGUCCAAGUCCUUGGGCCCCUGCACCCAUGUGGGAGACCCAGAGGAAGCUCCUGGCUCCUGGCUUCAGAUUGGCCCAGCUCCAGCCGUUGUGGCCAAUUGGGGAGUGAACCAGUGGAAAGAAGACCUCUCUCUCUCUGCCUCUCCUUUUCGCUCUGUGUAUCUCUUUCAAAUAAAUAAAUAAAUCUUUUUUUAAAAUGGCGGAAAAAGUCAAUUAAUGUAAAUAAACUUUUCACAAUAUUAGAUUUUUCAAAAUUACCUUUUAAUCCAAUUAAUGAAGCUACACAGUUAUCAAGUGAAUAGAUCACAAUAUAUUUCAUAAUCACAUGAAAAAUCAAGAUUUGUAAUAUACAUACAUAACAUUUAUAGGCCUUGCAUUUGUGAUUUUAGAAUGUGUUCAAAUUGGGGGAGGGUGAUGACAGUCAUUUUUCUUAAAAAAAAAAGGUUUUAAUUAUAUUGACUUGAAAGGCAGAAUGAGAGAGGUCACACUCUUUCCAUCCACUGGUUCAUACCUCAAAUGCCUGCAACAGCCAAGACUGAGCCAGGCUGAAGCCGGAAGAUGAAUUCUAUCUCCUAUAUGGGUGGCAGGAACCUUAGUACUUGCUAUCAUUCUGCCUCCCAGGGUGUGUUAUUAGCUGGAAGCUGGAUUGGUUGGGAAGGUGGGACUUGAUCCUAGGCACUCCAGUAUGGGAUGCAGCAUUUCCACUGUGUAACCACUGCACCAAAUGCCUGCCCCAAGUUAGCCAGCCAUCUUAAAUGGCCAUUUAGAAAUUUUCACUAUUCCUGCCACUAUUGUAUUUCAAGGAAGUAUUACUCUUGUCUAAGAAAUUUUCUCCAUAGACAUUCAAAUGCAGAGUUGUCAAGUUUUAUAAAAAGGCAAGAUAAAACAGAUGCACUGAUUAUUCUGAGUGUAAGUACAUAAGAUGGAUUGAAAACUGAUACAGUACAUUGCUGAUAAAAGCUGAAAAUCAUUUUUCUCCUAGUCAGAACUGGUAUUAAGCCCCACUUGUGCUAAUAAAAAUGGGUUUAUAGUGUUAUUCACAUAGAGUUUAUUCACAUCUUGUGGUAGAGUGGUGAAUAAUGACUGUUUCAUGAGUCCUUUCCCCACGUUUCACCAAGUAUACAGCCAACAAAGAUCCUAUUUCAAGGCUAUGAAAGGAAGGAUUGCAAUAAUAUUUUCAGCAAAUACCACAUUUAGGGGCACUCACUUUUGCAGUAUGUUACUUUUAUUUGCAAAUAAAGUGCCAUAGGAAAAGAUGGAGUAGAAAACUUAGGUGAAUUUUAAGUCCUGCAUUUGGUAUGCUAGAUUUCAAAACUGAGUGAAAAAUUAAUCAGCUUAGUAUGGGAUACAAUAUAUUGUUAACUGCUGUUAACUCCAGCAAAAGGCUUCUUAAUCACAUUUUCUAAGAUUAAUGAAACAUGUGUGCCAAAGUUGCUAUAUUUUGAAAUUCUGGAAGCUUUCCAACAACUGGCAGUGAAACUUACCCUACAGAUAAAGGAAUGGGAGAUAAAUCACCUGUAAGGACUACAAAACAAUAUUUUGGUGAAAGCCCUUGGUUUGUGCAAUAUAAAUUAAAACCCAUUUUUGUAUGUAAGAAGUUUGGGACAAUAAUAUCUUUGCCAUCUAAAAAUCUCAUACCAUGUCAAGUAUUAUUCAUUUU